AUGGCCAAGCAAUUUCCGGGAAAAGUUGCCCUAAUUACUGGCUCAAGCAAUGGAAUUGGUCGAGGAAUCGCCGCCUAUUUUGCCAAGCAGGGUUGCAAGGUGACAGUCACCGGCAGAAGUCAGGAGGCGCUUGAUGAAACAAAGAAAGAAUGUGUGGCUGGAGGAGCGGCUGAAGGAGAUGUGUUGAGCAUUGCUGGGAAUCUCGGCGAGGAGUCUUUCAUGGAUCGUCUAGUUGACGAGACUGUGGCCAAGUUUGGGAAAAUCGAUUUCUUGAUCAACAACGCUGGUGUCGGUGAUGCUGAUCGUGCCGGAAAAAUCCCAGGGUUUUUCACCCAGGACAUGGACAGCUACGACUACAUUAUGAAGAUCAACUCUAGAUGCAUUGUUUACCUCACUCGUAAAGCCGCUCCCCAUCUCGAAAAAUCAAAGGGCGCCAUUGUGAAUGUCGGCUCAAUUGCUUAUUCAGAAGUUCAAGGAUGCUCAUUCACCUUCUACGCAAUGUCCAAGGCUUGUGUCGAUGCUUUGACGAGGAGUCUUGGAUUGGAGAUGAUUCGACGAGGAGUUAGAGUCAAUGCAAUCAAGCCUGGUGCCGUCAACACAACUCUCAUGCAGAAGCAAGGUAUCGACCAAGGAACAGCUGAGAAGAUUAAUGACGGUCUUGCAAGUCGCUUUGAAAUGAUUCCAGCUGGCUUUAUUGCUGAACCUGAAGAUGUCGCUCGGCUCGCCGCUUUCCUCUGCGAUCACACUCAAUCUCGUUACAUGAUCGGUCAAUGCAUUCGAUUGGAUGGGGGCACAUCUUUGGUGAGCCCGUUGAUGCUCGGCGAUUUCGUCAAGGAUGACAUCCCUGUUGGAGAAAAA